AUGGCGAAUGCGCGAGAUAAAAUCUCUUUGACGGGCGAUGUCGAAGUGUACGCUUCGACUUCGGACUCUGAGAUCGACAACACCGUCAAGCUUAUCGAGAUAGAAGGUAUCAAGAUCCAACCUGUGGCACCUCCCACGGCUGAGAACGACCGGCCUCUCUUCCAGGAGUCUAUCAUGUGCCUCGAUUCCCUCAAUGCACAAUCCGCUCGUCGCGGUAUACGCUUCACUCCUGUGGAAAAAGCUGCAGUAUUGGACGCCGAGCGGUUGGCAUUCUACUACCUGAAGCUCCUUCAUCUCACAACGCCACCUCAAGUGCGGGUAACUCUACCUCUAUACAGACAAGGUCUCCUCGCAGAAGCAGAGCGCGUCUAUCUCCGCGUCAAAUGUGGAGAACACGCUUUCGCUCCGCCCUCCUGGGUUGAUGACACAGCGGAGGUCAUUGCCGAGCUUAUCUCCCGUCACGACCCAGAUGCCAUCGACUUUAUUCUCACUAAGACGGUCGGUGACAAUCUUUUGGUGCCUGAGGUUCUUAAUGGUGAAGUUAAUAUCCUGAAUUUUAUGGUUCAUAAUAACAUGCUGGAGCGCAAUUAUACCGAAGGUGUUGGAUAUCCAAUCCUCAAUUCGGUCGCUACCAAUUUGAUCGCACAACUAUGCCAGAAGCAUCCGCGCAUGAAGAUCCUUGAAAUUGGUGCGGGAACAGGCGGAUCAACAUCAACGAUCUUGGACGAGAUCGGCGAAAGUUUCCGGUCUUAUACGUACACCGACAUCAGCAGCGCAUUCUUUGAGCGUGCAGUAGAGAGGUUUCGGUCGAACGCUCACAAGAUGGUGUUCCAGACACUUGACAUCACCAAGGAUCCUUCAUCACAGGGGUUCACACCGCGAAGCUAUGAUGUUGUCAUUGCGCAGAACGUGUUGCAUGCUACGGCCCCGUUGAAGGAAUCGUUAAAGCAUGCUCGUAAACUUCUCCGGCCGGGCGGCUAUCUGAUUCUGCUAGAGCUGCUAAAAAGCGAAUGCAUGCGCUUUGGUCUGGUAGUAGGCUGCCUGCCAGGCUGGUGGGUGGGCGAGGAAGAUGGUAGGAAAGGCGGCCCUCUGCUCACGACAGACCAGUGGAGAGAUAUUCUCGCCGAAACUGGAUUCGCGGUGGACACAGUUUCCGACGUUCUCGACCAGGAAGAUGUCUGGGCGGUGUUCUCCGCUAGGGCCGUGGAGGAAGAACAGGCCGUUCUACCACUGAUUAGCCCGCUCGCAGUGACGCCCACAACUCCGCGAGCAAAAGAUCUUCUGGUGAUAGGGGGAAGCAACGCCGACCGUGGGUCUCUUUCCUUGCGCGAGCAGGUCACAUCCAUUGUCAGUCCGUACUAUCAAAAUGUGGCUUACCUUGACAAUCUUGGACAUGACGAUAGUGAUGCCUUCUUUGUCCAAGGCAUGCACGUGCUAAACCUCAGCGAUUGUGAUGCCGACUUCUGGGAGGGGCUGAGUGCACCUGCCUUCGAGAAUCUGAAGCAGGUGUUUGACAAGGCAGCAAGUGUGCUCUGGGUAGUUCAGGGUUCCCUGGAUAAAAACCCGUACGCUGGUGCGACCCUUGGAUUCAUCCGCACGGUACGAUAUGAACUUCCUGACACAACGCUUCAAACGCUGGACCUUGGUCCCUCGGCCUUAGGUGAUGGAUCUGCAGCGCCUCGUAUCGCUGAGCUGGUGGCCGAGUGCAUACUCAAACUCACCGAGGGUGUAGAGCUCGAGAUAUCUGGGAAACUUUCUGAUAUACUCUGGAACAUUGAGCCGGAACUGUUUUUGGAUGAGCAAGAUGGCCAUUUAUAUGUUCCGCGGUUGCGCUGUGCCAAGGAGCUGAACCUCCGGUAUAAUGCAUCCAAGAGGGUCAUCACGCGAGACGUGGACAUUACUGACAAAUCGAGCGAAACUCCUCUUAGUCUCACCUGGGACGAGAUGGAUGGAAGGUACAUUCUUCAGGAACAGCACGAGUUUCCUCCCUCGAACGACGGAGGUGACCUGGUUACCGUCCGUGUAUCUUGCUCGUUGCUCUCAUCCGUUAAAACAUCUGCGGGCUUUUACUUCCUCUGCUUAGGGACUGACACUAAGACCGGCCUUAAGACCCUUCUAUUUUCGCACCGUCAGGCUUCCAUCGUGACGGUGCCGCGUUCAUGGACCGUGGCAUUGGAAAGCUCCUCUUUGGGAACAGAAGACCUCGUGUUCAUUCUAUUUGCGGUGGUACACCUUCUAGCAACAACCCUCCUAGAUCUCAUAAAGCCUAAUGCGAGCGUCGCAAUUUUUGAUGCCAAUCCCGUCGUUGGGGCUCUUCUCUGGAAGAGGCUGACCGACGCGGGCCGGAGAGUGCUUCUUAUUAAGCCAGAGGGCGGGAACGAUCAUUCGGCUUCGACCGUUCACCUUCACCCCCACAGCCCUCUGAGAGCCAUCAAAGCAGCUUUGCCUAAUGAUGUAACUCUUUUUAUCGACGCGUCUACCAACCAGUCCAAAGAGACAACAGACCUAGCUACUCGCAUUGUGGCCGCGCUCCCUGCUGUAUGCGAUAAGAUCAAGCUCUUGGGACCAACGAGCCGCUACGCCAGCGCCAUUUCCGGAGCAGCUCCUGAAGGUAUCACCAGCUCUCUCCAGAGCGCGGCUGCCUUCGCGACUCUGUUUUCAGCUAUGGGGCCCCUGCCCAUGGCGGGUGGCGCACCGCCCGAGGUUGUACCUCUUGCGAAGAUUCUGCUGUCCCCUAUCCCACCAAAGGCGGGCUCUGUGAUCUACUGGCAAAUUGAAGGCAAGGUUCCAGUCUCUGUUGAGCCUGUAUUCAUGCGCAAAGACCUGUUUCAUCCUGAUCGAACAUACUGGCUAGCAGGGCUUUCCGGUACAUUGGGCCUUUCGUUAGUGGACUUUUUGGCCGCGCAUAAUGCCAAACAUAUUGCCAUCAGCAGUCGCUCAGCGAAGGUGGAUGAAGGGUGGAUUGCUUGGCACAAGAAGAAUGGUGUAAAUGUGUCGCUUUUUGUAGGCGAUGUAACCGAUUACAACUCUGUAAAGGCGACGUACGAAUCAAUUCGCAACUCGGGACUGCCAUCAAUCGGUGGUAUUGCCCUCGGUGCCAUGGUGUUGGUCGACAGCAGCUUCAUGGAGCAGCGUUUCGAGGACUUCCAGACCGUUUUGCGACCCAAGAUCAUUGGUACGCUGCACCUGAAUCAGCUCUUUUCUAAAGAGUCACCUGAUCUUCUUCCGGACGACAGCGCGCAAGGACUGGACUUCUUCGUCGGCUUUAGCUCGCUGAUGGCUGUGACCGGAAAUCCUGGCCAAGCGCCAUACGGAGCGGGCAACUGUUUCCUCAAGGCGGUAAUCAAAAGCCGCCGUGACCAGGGCUUGGCAGCCUCAAGUAUCGACAUUGGUCGGGUAACUGGUGUAGGUUAUAUCGAGCGAGAACUUACCCGCGAGGCGCAGGAGCGGCUUACGCAAAAGUCGGGUACUAUUCCACUUAGUGAACUAGAUCUGCAUCAGCUCUUUGCUGAGGCGGUUGUGGCGGGCAGACUUAAUUCGGGUGUCACUGAUCCCGGGCUCAUCGCGGGCAUCGGCGUCCAGCAAGGCGAACAGGCAAACGGCACGUUCUGGGCUAAGAACCCGCGGAUGGCCAUGAUGAUUCGAGAACUUGGAACCCGUUCAGCCCAGGAUGGAGGUGCAGACUCUUCCUCCAUACCAGUCCGAAAGCUUCUCGAGGCCUCUUCGAUCAAGACGAUUGACGAUGUGCGCAGGGUAGUCCUGUCAGCUAUUCAAGAUAAGCUUGUUGUAUCCAAGUUCCUGCCAGACCGUGAUGAUCGGCACACGACAACGCCGCUGGUAGACUUGGGCGUGGAUAGUCUUGUGGCAGUCAAUGUGAGAUCAUGGUUCCAAAAGGAACUAGCGGUUGAGGUCCCUGUUAUGAAGAUCCUCAGCGGUGCUUCCAUUGCGGACUUGGUGGACUCAAUCCUCGACAAGCUUCCUCAAGACAUCCUAGGUCGUUUGGAUGGGGGACCAAAAGAGACUGAGGAGAAGGUAGAGAGUAACGAGGCACCAAUUCAAGUGGAUGCCCCAGUGGAGCCUAUUCUCUCAACAGACAACGAUGAGAAUACAAACGGCGUCAUCCACGACGAGCCUAAGCUUAACGGGAAGGCCGAAGAGGCGCAAACCAUUGUUACGAGUCUGGCUGAAAUUUCUGUUCUUGAGGUUCCACUUGAUUGA